AUGGACAUUGAUCAGCGGCCGGCUAAGAAACGCCGUUUCUUUGUCGAUGACCCUGAGGACUUGGUUGACCAACAACAGCCUACAUCAUCUACGCAUGCCUCUAGUCGGCCUCCCUCCGCCACCUCCCUGGACCAUGAGCGACGUUCGAGCCAAACCGACCCAUCUGAAGCCUUACACACGGACCCAGAUCAGCAAGAACCCGUCCAAUUCGACGCGGACACAUUCAAAGCCUUCGUUGGAGAAGAGGUCAAGGAUGAGGUCGUCAAAGCCCUGCGUGAUGCCGCAAAUGGCAACAUGGAGAGGGCCAUCAACAUGUACUUGGACGGUUCGUGGAAGUCGACAAUCGCAGCUCGACCGCCCCCUGCGGCUUCUGGAUCGAAAAAUGUUAUGAGUUCCUUCUUCAACACCACAGACCGUAAGCCGUCAGACCCUGUAAAGCCAGAAACUCGGCCGAAUCAACCACCCGAGCCGAAACAAGUAUUGUUGAGGAAUAUGCCAAAGGAGAGGUAUGUAGGCUCGUUUGGCGCGGCUGGAUGGACAACGAAAAGUGGCAACAACAUCCUAGUGCAUGGAGAUACCGUCCGUAUCGAGAGAAGCAAAAUUGCGCCCAAAACGAAGCUCGGACGGGGAGGGAAAGCUGUACCCAUGGUAGGACGCAAUCAAAAGCACGAUGUGGUUACACGGUUCUGCAAUGUCAAUGGUGAGGAAAUUGGGCGUCUGCCCGAGGAUACAGCCAAGUGGGUGUCGACUCUCCUGGACCAAAAGCUCUGCCGAUUUGAGGGGACUUGUGUAUACGCACCUGAGAAAGUGAGGACAAACGAUACGAUCUUCCUUCAGCUUCGCGUAUACAUGCUCAGGAGUGCAUUUGGGACGAGCGCCUUUGUUAGCUCAGCCGACGACAACAGGACUACCGGCAUCUUCGAGGAGAAGGAAAGUACUGAAGAGAAAGAUCUCCGGCUCAGGCAGGUGGCUCUGGUCAAAUUGUUCGACGAAAUAAACUUGCAGCCGACAACUACCAAUGAGACGACUAAAAAGCAUAAGAAGCAGGGCCUGCUUCAGGCUGCUGAAAUGGCGGAGCAGUACGAUAAAGAGAAAGCUUCGAAGCCCAAGACCGGGACUUCUACCCCAACUUCUGAGGAAGAAGAUGGCCAGGAGCUUGAGGAGGAUCAGCUUGACGCUCUGUAUCAGAAGGCACAGUCAUUCGAUUUCGAUACACCGCCAGCCGAGCCUGCAUCGACUUUUACCCUGAGCUUGCGCAAAUACCAGAAGCAAGCUCUCCAUUGGAUGUUGAGUAAAGAGAAGGACGAGAAGCCGGAUAAGUCAGCCUCCAUGCAUCCCCUCUGGGAAGAGUAUAUUUGGCCGAUCAAAGACGCUGAAGACACCAUCUUGCCCGUCGUGGAAGGCCAGGACAAAUUCUAUGUCAAUCUCUAUUCUGGUGAGAUCGGUCUCGAGUUCCCGGUGCAGGAACAGAAUUGCCUGGGUGGCAUCCUUGCGGAUGAGAUGGGUCUCGGUAAGACGAUCGAAAUCUACAGCUUGAUACACAGCCACCGGCCGGAGCUUGCAUCAAACACUGGAUCCACAUCUGUAAAUCAGCUACCACGCCUGCCACAAUCGUCCUCUUCCGUGGAGCCUGCACCAUACACCACUCUUGUCGUGGCACCCAUGUCUCUUCUCGCUCAGUGGGAGUCGGAAGCAGUCAAAUCGUCGCAGCCUGGUACCUUAAGAACACUGGUUUACUAUGGCGGUGAAAAGACCGUCAACCUGCAGACUCUUUGCGCAAAUGCCUCUGUGGCACCUCAUGUGAUCAUCACUAGCUACGGCGUGGUUUUGUCGGAAUUCAAUCAGGUGGCUGCUAGCAGCGGAGAUCGAGGCUCGCAUGGUGGUCUGUUCUCAGUCGAUUUUUUUCGCGUCAUUCUCGACGAGGCACACACGAUCAAGAACAGGCAAGCAAAGACUUCGAAAGCAUGCUAUGAGCUCAAAGCGAAGCACAGAUGGGUGCUCACGGGUACGCCCAUUGUGAACAGACUUGAAGAUUUGUUCAGCUUGGUCCGAUUCCUCAAGGUUGAGCCGUGGAGCAACUUCUCUUUUUGGAAAACCUUCAUUACGGUGCCAUUUGAGUCGAAGGAAUUCGUGCGAGCACUGAACGUCGUGCAAACGGUGCUGGAGCCUUUAGUCUUGAGGAGAACCAAGGAUAUGAAGACGCCUGAGGGUGAAGCGCUUGUGCCACUGCCUUCUCGCACAAUCACCGUUGAAGAGGUCGAGCUCUCGCAGACAGAACGAGAUGUUUAUGAUCUAAUUCUGACCCGAGCCAAGCGAGCAUUUAACGAAUCUCUCCAGGCCGGUACAUUGAUGAAGUCCUACACCACCAUCUUCGCGCAGAUUCUGCGGCUUCGGCAGUCUUGCUGCCACCCUGUGCUUACUCGCAACAAGGAUAUUGUUGCGGAUGAGGAAGACAAAGCCAUUGCUAUGGCUGCGGACUCGACCAGUCUUGCCGACGACGUGGAUCUGCAAGACCUCAUAGCGCGGUUUACCAAAGACACGGAUGCAGCAGCCGAAGAGAAUGCAGUUGCUGAAAAAGAUUCAGCCAGCAGUUUUACAACCAAUGCCCUUAGGCAAAUACAAACCGAAUCCAGUGGCGAAUGUCCUAUCUGUACAGAAGAGCCCAUGAUUGAUCCUGCAGUGACAGGCUGUUGGCAUAGCGCUUGCAAGAAGUGCCUGGAAGAUUAUGUCAAGCACCAGACUGACAAAGGAGAACUACCUCGAUGCUUCGCUUGUCGUGAGACGAUCAAUACUCGCGACAUCUUCGAGGUAGUCAAGCAUGAACCUCCUUCUCCAGGCGCAUCUUUCGAAGACGAAGACAUGUACGGCGGAGAAGAGUCCAAGCUGCCCAAGAUUUCCCUCAGGCGUGUCAGGCCGUAUUCUCCAUCCGCUGCAACGUCGGCGAAGAUUGCGGCAUUGCUCAAACAUCUCUCGGCACAACCUCGUGGGACCAAGUCGGUCGUCUUCUCGCAGUUUACGGCCUAUCUGGACUUGAUUGCACCACAGCUUAAGCGACACGGAUUUGAGCAUUUGCGUUUCGACGGCACAAUGUCCCAGAAGAUCCGGGCCCAGGUCAUCCGGGCAUUCAGUGCUGAAAACGCGCACGACCCAAAAGCUCCACGAGUGCUGCUUUUAUCACUCCGGGCUGGAGGUGUCGGCCUCAACCUCACAGCUGCAAGCAGGUGCUACAUGAUGGAUCCAUGGUGGAGCUUUGCAGUUGAAGCUCAAGCCAUCGAUCGAGUGCAUCGCAUGGGACAAACCCAAAAAGUUGAAGUGGUGCGUUUCAUCACGACGGAGAGCAUUGAAGGUAGAAUGCUGCGUAUACAAGAGAAGAAGAUGGCGGUGGCUGGCACGCUGGGAGUAGGACAGUCUGGUGGCGAUGGAGGCGAUGACGAAAAGAAGCGCCGAAGGGUUGAAGAGCUGGAGCUACUCCUAGGAUAA